AUGUUAAGAACUUGUUUUAAAAGUUUACGUUAUUUUAAUAAACUGUAUAAUGUAUCUUAUCGCAACCAUGUCACUGCUGUAAACACGGAUAAAGUUGGCAACGGAAUAGAAUUUGGCAAUAAAAAUAAAAUAAUUGAUCUCCUGAUCGAGUUGAACUACUCCAAGAACAACAAAGUUUCUCUCACCAACAAGCUUAGACUACUUUACACAGUUCUCCACAACUGCCAGUACGCCGGUUUAGUAAACACCUCUCACAUUAUUUCACUUAUUCUAGACUUAUGGAAUUCAAGAGGUAAUACAGAAAAUUUAUCACCUAAUUUCUCUCAAAUUGAUGAAAAAUUUUGUUUAGGAUUAAUGAAUAAGAGCGAGUUAUCAUUGUUUGAUAAAUUAUGCCAUGAUCACUCGUUACAUGUUUGGAAUCAUGAUACAAAUCAUUCUAACCCUCUUUCUAACGACUUAUAUAUGAGUGAAUGGAGAUGGGAUUGGAAGCUGUUGGAUAACGAGGUUUUAUGUCCAACUGCCGACCAAUUUGAGAAGAAACGGAGUUUAAUGGAUCAUCUAAAACCUUUAAUCGAGUCAUCAAUUAAUGGCACUUUACAUACUUUUGGUUCUUGCGACAACGGUUUAUGGACUAGAGGGAGUGAUAUAGAUAUGUGUUUGGUGAUACCAAAUUGCGAUUCUAAAAGGUAUAUGCUCUCAAAGCUUAACUUGGUAAGCUUGUCCGCAAAUCAAUUACUGGUUCAGAUAAAGUCUUGUUUGUCUAAUAGUGACAUAAUUUCGAAAAUCUCUAUCAUCUCAGCCAGAGUUCCCAUCGUCAAGUUGUUUGACAUGGAGGAGAAUAGUAUAUGUGACAUAAGUAUAAACAACACCAUAGCUCUGUCGAACUCGGAAUACGUGAAGACCAUGUGUAAACUAGACGAACGAGUAGUUCUACUUGGACGCUUCAUAAAAUACUGGGCAACCUCCAGAAAAAUCAAUAACCGCGCACAGGGCACCAUGUCCUCAUACACACUCAUACUUCAGCUAUUUUAUUUUCUACAAAAUACCACACCGCCCAUUAUUCCUCCAUUCAAGGAUAUUGAGAUAAAUGAUGAAAUUGAAUAUCACUUUUUAACUGAUCCCAGUGAUAUAAAGAUGAAAUGUGAUUACAUUGGUAAGAACGAAGACGAUGUGGUGGAAUUGUUGUUUGGGUUCUUUGAAUUUUACGCACAGGAACGCUUUAACGGCGGGAAGAAGUGCAGUACAAUUGAUUUGUACACCAAUGAAGUGACUGAGAACGUGAACGGGUCGUUGAUUGUCAAGUGCCCACUGAGCAAGAAAAACGUCAACCCCUUCACAAUCAAAAUGUGGCAGUCAAUAUACACCGAAUUUAAGCGAGCAAAUGACCUAAUAAAGCUAAAGCAACCUUUAAAAACUGUUUGUCUAGAAAACUCACAAUCUCCUCUCGAGUUCCAAUCGCAACACUUCCAACUCAAUCUUCAAAAAUUAAUACAACUAUUACUUUAA